CUACCAUGUGACUUGUAGUCUUAAAACAAGGAAGUAAACAGUUGGAAAUGUGUCUGCCUGGCUACAGGCAGGUUUUCAGUAGUGCGUAAAGAUGAAACACGGGACAUUUAUACUGUGCUUUGCGCUUUUGUACUGUUUUCAGGAAGGUGCACUUUCCAGAGGCGUCAACGGACAGCAGACAUGGCCAGUGCCCUACAGGCGAUUUGAUCAUCGUCCCGGAACGGAUCCAUACUGUCAAGCUUUGUACCCGUUCUGCCCGACCGGAGACCGGGAUGGUCGUAUUCCUUACAUGAAAAAUACGGAUGUGAUUGAAGUGUUUCGACUUCAAGCUCCCGUAUGGGAAUUUAAGUAUGGAGACCUCCUCGGGAAAAUUCACAUUAUGCACGACGCCAUUGGGUUCAGAAGCUUUGACACCGGGAGAAAUUACACGAUGGAGUGGUACGAACUCUUCCAACUGGGAAACUGCACCUUCCCUCACUUGCGACCAGAUGUCAGCGCCCCCUUCUGGUGCAAUCAAGGAGCUGCCUGCUUUUUCGAAGGCAUCGACGACGUUCACUGGAUGCAAAAUGGAACCCUGGAGAAAAUUGGGAAGAUGACAGGUGCACAGUUCAAUGAAAUGGCCCAGUGGGUUCAGAAGGACAAUGACACGGGGAUCUUCUACGAGACGUGGACCGUGCGAGCCGACCCCAGCCCAAACUCCACGGUGUGGUUCGAUUCCUAUGACUGCUCGCAGUUUGUGCAUCGCACAUACAGGAAGCUGGCCGAGAUGGGGGUGAGUCUCACCAGCAGCGCCCAAACCAACUACACAAAGAUCUACCUGUUCAGCGGAGAGCCCAGCUACCUGGGGAAUGACAGCUCCAUCUUCGGACGGUCCUCCAUGAAAGAGCUGGCCGCCAGCAUCAGGGCCUUCUACAGCUCAUUCCAACCACACCAGUCGCCCCAGGAGCUUGUCCUCAGCCUCCUGCACAUCUUUGAGAACGUGGUGUUAGAGAAGACCUUUUACCUCUUCUACAACUUUGAGUAUUGGCACUUACCCAUGAAGCCCCCUUAUGUCAGAAUCACCUAUGAGGAGAUUCCUUUGCCAUAACUGGUCAAAUGGUCGUGGAAAUCUUGGAUGUGACCAGGGCAAAAAGCUGCAUUGUUAAGCAAGUAAAAAUUCACAUGGAAAGACUGAAACUUUUUUCACAAAGCUGUAAUCAAAAUUCUUGCCUGGAUUUAAAAAAAAAGAAGUAAUUACUCAGAGUAAUGUGAGAAUGUAAAGCAGGUUAUUUCCACAUGCUAGAAGACACUGGUGGCUUCAUGUCCCACAGAUCGCCCUUUGUGAUUGAGCGCUGAGAGAAACUCAGACCCUGUUGUGCAUUUGCACUUAACUGGUGAGCAUGGCGGGGCUGAGAAUAAUACUGCUUCACAAUCCGUUAACUUUACACCGCUGCACAAAAAAUACACUGUGUGCAGCGGCUCGAUACACAUCUGUAAACAUUUCGUGUGUACGAGAUCAUUGAGGGGUUUCUCGUACUGCAUCUCCGUUAAAUACUGAUCUGUGGCAUUGCAAGAUUAUUUUCUGCAGGGAAGAGUAAAGCAAUUGAAGAAUGUAUAGAAUGUAUGCAGACGAUAAAGCAAAUGUGUUCUCAUUCUGUGUGCUAACUGACUUACAAAUAAGAAUAAACACAGCGCUGGACUCGCCUCUCUUCCUGACUCACUGCCUCACAGUCAUAUCAAAUUAUUCGGCACUGAAACAGGCAUUGUGUGGAAGAACUGGGGGGAAAAAAAACAAGCCGUUUACAUUCACAAAAAUUUAUUCCAAAAAAAGCAUUUCCACAACAUUGGCGGUCUGAUUCAGGACACAACACUACUCGAUAAUAAAACACACGAAGCGUUCGCCAUACUGAAACUGAAGUGUGAGAAGUCACAACAGGAAAAAAACAGAGCAACUUUAAUACCAGCAGACAUUACUCUCUACGUAUUGCAGGGAAACUGGAGAGCAUCUGAGAGACGAAGCGGUCCAUCUGAGUACUAUAUACAGUAAGGAAAUACACAUUCUAUAUAAAGUGCUGGAGGGAAGCAAUGCUAAAAACUGCAAGUCCAUAUUCUCCUCAAUUUUCAUUUGAAUAUUAGUAUGAUUCACAAAGAAUAGGAUUGAUGGGAACACAGUAACAACUGGAGGUGGGUGUGUGUGUGUGUGUGUGUGCAAGUCACCAAAGAUAUAUACUUCAGGAGCAAGUUGAGUUCAAAGACCUCUACCAAUCCAGUUUGUUGCCCGUUCCCUACUGCCAAGGCAGCUAGCAGUUUCCAGCACUGCAGUAAUGGGUUAGCCUUCCUGACAUUAGCGCUACCUAAACGUUUAGCCAUAAUCAUAGCACUGCAUCACAACAUGUUUCAAACUCCCAUUUAAAAAUAAUGCAGCCUAUAGCCAGGGGAUGGCGGCUAGCUAUAUGAGGAUAUUUUAAUUAGGAUAAAGAUCUGAAUUAGGAUUAACCGCAAAGUGAAGAAUGUCUGUACAAAGAAUAACUCAAUAAAUGGCUCCACAUUUAACUGAAAACCCUUCAGAGCUACCAAAACUGUUUUUUUAGAUGCAGUCACGUCUACAAUGAAACUCUUUGCUCAGACACUGCAACUUUUU